UUUUUAAAUGUUUUUUUUAGGCCUAAGAAGCACAGAUCUCGUGGACUCUUUAAAAAUCACAAACGUAACACACGCUCUUCUUUGACUCCAGGAACAAUUGUUAUUUUGUUAACUGGUGUUCACAAAGGUAAACGAGCAAUUUUAUUGAAAGUACUUGAUUCUGGUUUACUAUUGAUCACUGGUCCAUUCAUUUUGAAUGCUAUUCCUCUAAGACGUGUCCAUCAAGGUCAUGUAAUUGCUACUAAGACUAAGUUGGAUAUAUCCAGUGUUAAACUUCCAGAACAAGUUGACGAUAAAUAUUUUAAGCGAGUUCAAUUAAAGAAGAAACCUAAAAAGAAUGAAAGCAAAAGCUUGUUUGUUGCUAAACCAAAAACCUAUCGACCAUCUGAGACUAGGAAGUCUGAUCAAAAAUUGGUAGAUGCUGAAGUAUUGAAUAUUCUGAAGAAACAUCCAGCUAAAAAGUCACUUUUCUUGUACCUUUCAUCAAUGUUUGGUUUAAGAAAUAACCAAUAUCCACACAGAAUGCAAUUUUAAGCAAUCUUUGUGUAUUAAGUUGUUUCUAUUUUGUAUGAAUACAUGACGAAUAUAAUUGAUUGUGUAUUUUUA